AUGGCCUCGCUGCAGUCCCGGGUGGUGCAGCCAAGUCGGAGGCGCGGCGGGGGCGACCUUGGGACCUCUGCCCACAAUCCCCAGGCUCCGGGGCCCCCAGGUGAGCCGGGCGGUGUGGGGAAACUAUGCCAGGAAUUCGAUCCAGGAGGGGCGCUGUGGGGAGCGACCUUGCAGUCCAGUGAUCGCGGGCCGCAGGAAGGUUAAACGUUGGCAGCUCUUGACGCCCACGGAGGUCCAAGCCCGGGAGCUGCGCCUGGGCUCGACCUCCAGACAUCGGUUCCUGCGCCAGGUUGGCCUUCACUCUCAGCGCCUUCAGCCUGCGGUGGACUAAGUUCCAGGGAGGCGAGCAAGGAACAAGGGCAUAUUCGCUUCGUUUUGCUACAACCCGCAACACUCCCUACUGCUGUGCUUCGGAAUCACUAAGUCUGGAGAUCUGCAUUUCUGAUGAGUUUCCAGGUUCUCUCUCAGUUCCUUUGCCUGCUGCCGUGGCCUUUGUGGUACCCUUCCCUAGUAGGUAUCCCAGGGCUUCCCCCACCCAUGCAGUUUAUUACUGCUGAGGGCUCCAGAAGCCCUCUUUCUGGACUCUAUAUAUCCCCUGCUUUCAAGUUCCAGCCUCGUUGUGAGACUGUGGACUGGAGACGCAUUAGUGCUGUGGAUGUGGACCGCGUGAUACGGGACCUGGACUUGGCCACCUUGCAGGAAAACAUUGCUGGUAUCACCUUCUGCAACUUCGACCGGGAGGCAUGCAGACGCUGUGGGCAUCCUGUGGACCCAGCGCUACUCAAGGUGCUGCGCCUGGCACAGCUCAUCAUUGAGUAUCUGGUGUACUGCCAGGAGUGCCUGAACACCAACAUUACCAAGCUGGAGGCACAGCUGCAGGUCAGUGUGGGUCAGCAGGAGCGUGGCCAGAAGGAGCUGGACCGCCAGACUGAUGAACUGAAGGGAAUGCGGGAGGAGUGUCACCGACGCCACAAGAUGAUUAAUACUUUACAGCAGAUGCUCCUACAAACAGGCGCCCACAACUACCACAUGUGUCACCUGUGUGACAAGAUAUUCAUGAAUUCCACCUUUCUCUGGAACCAUAUCCAGCGCAGGCAUGGGAACAUGGCAGAAGCUGGAAAACUGAAGAAGCAGGGACAUCCUUUGGAGGACCAGUUAGAAGAGUUGCGGACCAAGCUGAAAUUGACCCAAGGGGAACUAGAGGCCCAGAAGGAAGCUGAGAGACGGCGGCAGUGCCAGGAAGCAGAGUUUGUUCGUCAGAGGGAAAGAGAAGCUAGGGAAAGAGAAACUAGGAAAGAAUUUGAUGGGUGGAUAGAAAAAGAGCGGGCCAACCUACAUAUGGAAAUAGACAAGCUAAAAAAAUUAUUUUGGGAUGAAUUUAAAAAUGUUGCCCACCAUAAUGCUACACUAGAACAGCCUUUUCAAAACCUGCAGGGACUUCAGACCCACAGCAUGAGGGCUUCUAACCUUGGGUCACUUCAGGAUGAGGAGCCUGUGGAACGUCGUGAGCUGGCUCAGAUACUCCAACUCCUCACAGAUAGGAUGAAAAUUCAGGAAACAGAGUGGACCAGAAAAACGAAAGAACUGCAGGAGAAAUAUGCAGCUCAGAAGAGAGAGCUUCAGGAGGAGAAAGAGAGGCUACAUGAGGAGAAAGAAAGGCUGCAGGAGGAGAAAGAAAGCCUGUAUGAGGAGAAAGAGAGGCUGACGGACACCCUAACUCAGGAUAAGAGGAAAGAUAUUGCUGAGUUCCAGCACCAGAUCAAAGUCCUUCAUGCCAAGCUCAAGGAACAAAACAAGGUCAUCAUCUCCCAGGAGGAGCAGAUCCAGACCAUAUUCCUCAGGAAAAUAGAAGCAUUGCAACAGGGCGCGCAGGCUGUGCACACACAGAAGGACUCUUCAGAGAAAGUGAUCCAUCAGGGCCCACAGGCUGUGCACACAAAGAAGGACUCUUCAGAGAAAGUGAUCCAUCAGGGCCUGCAGGCUGUACACACAAAGAAGGACUCAUCAAAGAAAGCGAUCCAUCAGGGCCUGCAGGCUGUGCACACAAAGGAUGACUCAUCAAAGAAAGGGAUCCAUCAGGGCCCGCAGGCCAUGCACACAGAGAAGAGCUCUUCAGAGAAAGGUGGAAGCUCAUCUUCUUUUCCACUUUCAGAGGAAGCAAUCCGUCAGGACCCACAGGCUGUGGACACAGAAGAGGACUUUUCAGAGGAAGAUCUGGAGGACUCCCAAGAUGAACAACAGAAGGUGCUGGCAACUCUGAAGCAAAAACAUAUCUUGGUGAAGCACUUCAGGGUGAUUCUGGAGGAAACUCUGCAAGAAAAGCUGAACAGUGUGGGGAUAAAGCAAAAGGCAAAGGGAAUCAAAACUCAGGUUUUCAGAAGACUGAAGUCCCUCCUGAAAGUCGAGCGGGCGCAGAAGGCAGCAAAUUUUCCUGAAUUUCUGAGUCUGAGGAAGAAACUUGCCAAGGAAAUCGCCAGCAAAAUGAAGGAGAGAGAGGGGAAUGUGGGGUUCCAACGAGACAGCAGGUCUCCAGCCAAAAGGCAGCAGAGCUCAGUGGCAUUCCAAAAGCCUCAGCCCAAGGCCAGGACUCAAUAUAUACCAUCCCCCUCCAAGCCAGCAGAGCCACACAAGGCAACUCCUCAGAGUCUCGGCAGCCGUGGCCCUGACCUGGCCCGGGUGCCCAGCUCUACUCGACACCACAAAGCACAGAAACGCUCCAACUCCUCUGCUGCCCCAGAACAUGGCCUGAGCAGCACACCGCCCUUCAGUUCUGAAGAGGACUUUGGGGGAGAAUCCAUGCAGCACAUGUCUGGUCAGCCUCUGAAAGUUCCUCCCAAGAGGUGUCCCGAUGCAGAGGAUGACUGGGACUGGUCUGAGAGUGGGAGCUCAGAGGGGAGGCCCCAGGCUCCUGACAAGGGCUCAGGUGGGCUGGCUUCCUCAGAAACACUGGUGCAGUUGAUGGUCAAAAGCCUGGAGGAAAAGCUGGAGGCUCCAGUGAAGAAGCCUGCUGGAGGGGUCAGUCUGUUCUCAUUGCCCAAAACCAGGCCAUCGACGGCUGCCUUGCGAAGGAGGACGUCUCAGCAGUCUGAUGAUGAGAGUGAGCUGGAGAUCUCCUUCUUGGAAGAUGCCCCACAGAACCUGGAUGAGAGUGAGAAGCCGAAGAAGCCCAUAUCUCGCUCAAAGCUUGCGGAGAAGUCUGGCACCACUGCAUGGAGCCCUGGCCAUCCCAGGGUCCCCAGCUGAUGAUCUGAGGACUAGUCUUGUCCCCUGGGGUCGGCUCAGGGCCCACCCCAACAAAGAAGCUUCUGGUCUUUUGUCUUCAGUAACCAAGAAGUCUUCUUUCCUUUGGUUAUAGUCCCCAUACAAUUCCCACCCCCUUUUUCUGAACUUAAUCCCUCUUCUCCCCCUGCUUCCUACUGUAGUGUGUCUCUGGUCUAUAAUUGCUUGUUGAUUCUGAUUUUUACUUUAUUGCAAUUAGUCUUUUUUCCUGGUCCCUUAUUUAGGUUUUCUAAAUUCCUGCUAUGAGUGAGACCAUCUGGGAUUUUUCUUUUUCUUUCUGGCUUAUUUUGCUGAGCAUGAUCCCUUCCAGCUCCAUCCAUGUUGCUGCAAAUUGCCUGAGUUUAUCUUUUUUGAUUGCUGAGUAAUAUUCCAUGGUGUAUAUGUACCACAUCAUCUUGAUCCAGUCAUCUAUUUUUAGGCAUAUGGAUUGUUUCCAAAGCUUAGCUAUUGUAAAUAGUGCUGCAAUAAACAUAGGGGUGCAGGUGCCCUUUUGAAUUAAUGUUCUGUGUCCUUUGGGUAAAUACCUAGGAGUGGAACUCUCCUGCACUGCAGGUGGGAGUGCAACAUGGUCCAACCACCAUGGAAAGCUGUGUGGCGAUUUCUUGACCUACUAAAGAUAGAGCUUCCAUAUGAUCCAAUAAAUAUCCAAUAUAAAUGAAUAAAAGAAAUCACUUAUGAUUCCAGUAACUAUGCUACAUAAUUACCCCUAAAUAUAGCGGCAUAAAAAUAAAAAUUUUAGUCCCUUUUUUUCCCAGUUGGUGUAAUUAACUUUUCCUUGUUGCUAUUUUCUUGAUUGGUGUCUUAUAGAAAAUUUCAACAUAUAUAAAAAUUUAACGUCUAACGGUUUUGACAUUAUCUUCCUUGCUCAGUUCUCACAAUUCUCAACGCAAGUUGACUCUUGAUUCCGUAAAUCACUUUCCAGCCUCCUGCCUAAUAAUACUAUCAUAGCUACAAAUAUUUCCACGUGUCUCUAAAAUAUACUUUCUUUCUGAAAAAAUGAUUGUAUCACCAAUGCUUGAACAAAAAAAUAAUAUUCUCUAGCCAUCAUCAAAUGUCUACUCAAUAUUUUUAUUUCUUCUAUUUUCCUAUACAGGUUUAAGCCCUAUUAAUCUGCAGAUUCCUCUUCCACUUUUCCCUCCUUCUUUUCUGUCUUCCUCCUUUUAUCCCACACAAUCUUAUUAUUUUUGUUGUUGCUGAAGAAACUAAUUUGUCUUACAGAAUUCCCCUUUGUCUAAAGUUUACUAAUUAUAUGACCAUUGUGCUGUUAAAUAUCUUCCUCUCUCCCCUGAACAAUCUGUAAAUUUGUAAUUAGAUCUACAUACUUGAUCAGGUUCAAUUUUGAUUCUUUUUUGUUAUUUUAUUUUAUAUAUUAUUUACAUCAUUUUUCAUUUUUGUACAAUAUAUACAUUUUCAUCUCAGUUAUAGUCCCCAUAAAAUUCCCAUCACCCAUUCACCCGUGAACUAUCACCAUGGUCCCUUGUGCUCUUCCCACCCCUGUUUUGAUCCUACUCCUUUCUCCCCUGCCCCUGCAGAAAGUCUCUGGUUUAUAGUUGCCUGCUGAUUUUGAGUUUUACUUUAUUAUAGUUACUCUUUUUUUCCCUGAUCCCUUAUUUGGAUCUUCUACAUUCCUCCUAUAAGUGAGACCAUCUAAUAUUUUUCUUUUUUUCUUCUGGCUUGUUUCACUGAGCAUGAUCCCUUCCAGCUCUAUCCAUGUUGCUGUAAAUGGCAUGAGUUUAUCUUUUUUGAUAGCUGAGUAAUAUUCCAUUGUGUAUAUAUACCACAUCUUCUUGACCCAGUCAUCUGUUUUUGGGCAUUUGGGUUGUUUCCAUAGCUUGCCUGUUGUAAAUAGUGCUGCAAUAAACAUAGGUGUGCAGGUGUCCUUUUGAAUUAAUAUUUUUGUGUCCUUUGGAUAGAUACCUAAGAGUGGAAUUGCUGGAUCAUAUGGUAGCUCCAUUUUUCAGCUUUGAUUCUUUUUGACAAAAUACUUCAUAGGCAGGGUGGUGGCAUGGACAUCAGGAAGUAUGCAAUAUCUUUUUCCCUCUUUUUAGGGUGUUUAUGUGACAUUAAUGAUAAAUGGUGCUUCAUUCCCUAAAUCCAUUUAUUAAUUAGGAAUUUCUAAAGUUGUGGUAUCCAUUGUUCCUUUGGCAUACACUAGCAUGACAUGUCUGUAAGAAGAAAUUCUCCAUAUCAAAUUGUCUGUCUUUAAGUACAAUUUAUAGAGGUAAGGAAGCUAAGGGUUUGAUUUUUUUAGUAACUUUCAUUGAUACCAUAUAAACUCAUAUAUUUGAAUAAAGUUGACUGUUAAAAUCAAUUUGUAGUUGCUAUCCUUACUGAUGCUGAAAUUCUCAUCAGUGUCAAUGGAUACCUCCCCAAGUGGUUUCCUGGGUCCUUUUGACCUAGUCAUCUGAUACUUUCCUGGCAAUCUGGUGUGAAAAAUGAUCCAGGCUAACAUUCUACAUUUCCUGCCCCAGAAUUGUAAUUUCUUUGGGAAAUCCUAGUUUCUUUUAGAGGAAAAUGGUAAUUACAUUCACAAUCUGGGUGCCUGGUCUUGUCAUUGUUUCUAAGCCUGCCCAGUGGACAGAGAGAGGAAAUAUAAUUAAGAAAUACAAGUUUGUACUGACACUUCCCAUUCAAAUUCAGGACAAAAGGGGUUUUUGCUUUACCUCAUUGAUCUGGCAUCUAUCUGCAUCUCUUCAACACCCAAAGUCCUGGUUCUUCACAUCACAAACACGGCCUCGGAAGAGUAACACCAACACCAUUGCCCAUGAUAUGAACAUGGAAAACAGUUUAAGAUUUUUUUUAAAGAUUUAUUUUUUAUUUAUACAAUAGCUAGGGUAUAGGCCAGAGGCUCAGGAGUUUGAGAGGAUUCACCAGAGACAGAGUGGGGAGUAGAACAGGCAUAUUGACCAAAAGCACUGCUGAGGGGAGCAGUGGGCGCGAUAGGAGAGGCCUGCCGUGCCAUGUGGGUUUCUCCCUGGCGGGCUGGGAAUCGAACCCAUGCUGCAGAGUAUGCGGACAGCUCCACAGUGCUGUGCUCAACCAGCUGCACCACCAGGGAGGUCCAACAGUUUAAGAUUUUACAUUUUUUGGGGAGUUCUUUCUUUGCCUUAGGAUAUAUCCCACUAGGAAUCACAUUUUAAUUACAGUGUUAAAAUCAUUUCAAAUGGCUUCUUUCUGUGGCUAUGCUGCCAAAUGGACACAUAAUUAGGUUUGCUUUUGUGUUUUACUUUUGAUUUUCAGAGAUUGAAUUUGUUAAUUCAAUUUGUUUCAUAUUG